AUGGAGGAGACCAGCGCGCCCCCGAUUGACCCAGAUUUUGAGCCCCAAAGCAGACCACGCUCCUGCACGUGGCCUCUGCCCAGACCCGACAUCUCUGUGGUCAAAGCCGAGGGCACAGAGGGCUCAGAGUCUGCCACUGGAACUCCCCCCGCAGACGAGGACAAGUCCGAGACGCAGUUAAUCACACCCGAGUAUGAGAAGUCAGCGGCGGCAACAGAGGGUGGACUGUUGUCCACAGUGGGAGGGGGCGCAGCAACCCCACGGAAAGGCUCCUCUCGCCGCAACGCGUGGGGAAACCAGAGCUACGCUGAUCUGAUUAGUCAGGCAAUCGAGAACUCACCUGAGAAGAGGCUUACCCUGGCCCAGAUCUAUGAGUGGAUGGUGAAAACUGUGCCUUAUUUUAGAGACAAAGGAGACAGCAAUAGCUCUGCAGGCUGGAAGAAUUCGAUCCGCCACAAUUUAUCACUCCACAACAAGUUUUUGAGAGUGCACAAUGAAUCAACUGGGAAGAGUUCAUGGUGGAUGCUCAACCCAGAGGGAGGUAAAACCGGCAAAGCUCCUCGACGCAGAGCAGCAUCCAUGGACAAUAGCAGCAAACUCCUGAAGAGCCGCAUGCGUGCAAAGCAAACCAAGAAGGCCGCUGUCGCUGCAGGUCUGUCUGGUUCUGGUUCAACGCUUCAAACAGAAGGUAACGGAGGCUCAGCGGGUGCCGACAGUCCAAACUCCUCCCAACAGUUUUCUAAAUGGGGGGUGAACAGCAAUAGCCCCUCAUCACGGGGUAGUCUGGAUGACCCAGACAUGUGGACCACCUUUCGGCCCCGCACCAGCUCCAAUGCCAGCACCCUGAGCGGUCGCUUAUCUCCCAUCGGCCCGGGGCAGGAAGACGACGACAACCUGCCCGACGACAGCCUCCUAGGGCGAUACUCUACUCCAACCCUCACAGAAACCUUGAUGGAGGAGCUGGACCUGAUCGAUGGCCUCACUCUGAUGACCGCUCAGGGAGGAGCCAGUCCCAGCACGGCCCCCCCAGCACCACCCACUCCUCUGCCCUCUGCCUCUACUCUGCUUCCCAGAGGGUCCAGUUUCUCCUCGUUUCACCAGAGGCAGUCACCCAACAGCACCUCUGCCUCACAGUGUGGCUCCAGCAGCAAAGAACCUUCCUUCAGCAACUCCCUGUUCAACCCCAUGUCAGGCUCCAUGUCUGGCUCCAUGUCUGGCUCCAUGUCUGGCUCCAUGUCUGGCUCCAUGUCUGGCUCCAGGGGUGGGAAUCACUACUCUGGUCACGUCCCUUCAAGUCUAGAGGCUCUGCUGACCUCAGACUCUCCGCCACCCAGCGAGGUACUCCUGUCUCAAAUGGACCCCCUAAUGCAGAGUCCCAGCAGUGUGGGACUCAUGGGCCUGGGCUCGUCUAUGGUUGGAGUGCGGCCCAAACCAUCACGGCCGCAGCUGUUGAUGGGAAAAGGUUUGGAGCCUAACGCUGUGAGCUCCAUGACUCUACAGAUGCAGUCACAGCCGCAUCACCUGCACCAACAGCAGCAGCAGCACCAUCAGCAGCAGCAGCACCAACAGCAGCAGCACCAACAGCAGCAGCACCAACAGCAGCAGCACCAACAGCAGCAGCACCAACAGCAGCAGCACCAACAGCAGCAGCACCAACAGCAGCAGCACCAACAGCAGCAGCACCAACAGCAGCAGCAGCAUCAUCCUUCCAUCGGGCUGAGCUUGGGUUUGCUCUCAAGCCUGUCCACAGAUUCAACACAUCACCCUGGCCAAAAAGCCCACAGUGGCAUAACUGCUCCCCAUCACCAGAGCGCCAGUUCCAACAUGGGUUUACAGGCAAUGAGUCAGUUCUCUGCGCCUUCCUGCUUCCAGAUGAUAGCUGAUCGACUGCCCACAGAUCUGGACAUCGAGCUUGAUGAAAACCUGGUUUGUGAUGUGGACUAUAUCAUCAACACAGACCUCAUGGAUGGGAUCGACUUCAACUUUGAUCCGUGUUCAUCAAGUUUUCCCACAAGCCAAAUAACUGAGGUAAUGAUCGUGUGA